UAAAAAUAUUUACGUGAACUCAAUUUUCUCGCCACCCAGAAGAGAAGGGUGUCCUGUGUCGUGGUGAAAAUUAAGAAAAUACGGACAAUUUUAAGCUUGCUCGGUUGUGUAAAUACUUUUCUUCGGAUCCGCGUAAUGUCGCAAUAGUCGGCGCGAUAUUCAUGUGCGUUUGAAUGAUCGCAAAGUGUGCUAAAUUUGAGCUUAUAGUGUGAUGUCGCUUUGUUUCCUCUGCUGCUGCUGUUUCUAAAUGGUGGUAGUGAUUCAUUGAAAAAGCAAACAACACUCUUGUACCAGUAGACAGUGGAGGAAAAUAAUCUGCGCUAAGGUAGUCGAGGUGCUUCCUGAUUUAUUCUGAGGAAAGAAAAAGGAAAAACGAAUCCUAGGUGCAGCAUUAGUGUGGGGCUACUCCGCGAGCAAUGACAAUGGGAGAUGAUACUCCAGUGGUUACUUCCUUGGUGCUGCCAAUUCUGAUACGUCCAAUUCUGUCACAGUUGGAACGUCGCGAUGUGGUCGCUUCCCAAACGCUGAGGGCAGCCCUGGCCAAGGCCGAACAGACGCAUCCGGGUAUGACGUACGAUCUGGUCAUGGGCAUCAUCCGGAAGGGAGACAUCAACGUCAACAUGAACGAGAGUAUUCUUCGACUGCAGGGCGCGGCGACCGAUACUGACCUAAUUGAAUACCGACUGAACCGUACCGAGGACGCAUUCCAGGAGCUGAACAAGAAGUCCGCUGCCCUCAAGCGCAUUCUCAGCAGAAUUCCAGACGAAAUUACCGACCGGAAGACGUUCCUGGAAACCAUCAAGGAAAUCGCUAGUGCCAUCAAAAAGCUGCUGGAUGCAGUGAACGAGGUGGUCGGUUUCAUUCCGGGCUCAUCCGGCAAGCAGGCGGUCGAGCAACGCAAGAAAGAGUUUGUCAAGUAUUCGAAAAAGUUCAGCACUACGCUCAAGGAAUACUUCAAAGAGGGAGAAGCCAACGCCGUUUUCGUAAGUGCUUUGUACCUGAUACAUCAGACGAAUCAAAUAAUGAUCACAGUGAAGAACAAGUGCGAAUAGACUGGCGUGGGUGGUCGACUCGCCUCCGCUUGAGUUGAAAGGGAACGACACAUUGUUUUACUUAACAUUUCCUUGGGGUGUUUGCUACCCUUCCGGGGAGGUUUUCGAACUGAUCCCUUGAAUAAGAACACCCACGAACACAUACAGAUAGACAGACAAGACAGGCAGAUAUAUGCUAAGGAGUUCUUUUUAUUUAGUGAAAUGGAACAAGGGAGAUUAAAGGACAAUUUAAAUAAAAAAA